AAAAGCAUGUAUCCAUAAAAUAAUAUUCCAUUUCAUACUUUCUAAAAAAUGGAGACUCAACAAUUACCCUUAAUCUUCUUUAUUUCACUCUUGUUAUUUCUUUACUUCAUAUUCUAUCUAUUUCAAAUAUGGAAAAAAUCAAAAACCUUAACCAAAAAAUUGCCUCCUGGCCCAUGGAAGCUACCUAUUAUCGGGAACUUGCACCAAUUAGCGAGUCAUGGAGGCCUGCCACAUCACACUCUCCGAACCCUAUCACAAAAAUACGGGCCAUUAACACACUUACAACUAGGAGAAAUUUCCGCGAUUGUUGUAUCUUCACCUGAAAUGGCAAAAGAAAUCAUGAAAACUCAAGAUGUUCGUUUUGCAACUAGGCCUCAAAGUAUGACUGGAAGUAUUAUUUUUUACAAUUAUUCGGACAUAGCAUUAUGUCCAUAUGGUGAUUACUGGAGAAAUAUGCGCAAAAUAUGUGUCCUGGAACUUCUUAGUGCAAAAAUGGUCAAAUCAUUUAACUCAAUUCGACAAGAAGAGAUGUCAAGUCUCGUCUCAUCUAUCAUCAAUUCUACGCCUGAUGAGUCGUUGGUUAACCUAUCGAAUAAAAUUUUUUGGUUUACAGGUUCUGUAACUUGUAGAUCUGCUUUUGGGAAAGUUGUUCAUGAUCAAGAUAAGUUGAUUAUGUUGGUGAAAGAGGCUGUUUCGUUGUCUUCAGGAUUUGACUUAACUGACUUGUUUCCAUCACAUAAAUGGCUUCACGGGAUCAGUGGGAUGAAGUCUAGGUUGUUGAAGGCUCACGAAAAGGUUGAUGUGAUUUUAGAGAAGCUCAUUAAUGAGCAUUGCGAAAAUAGAGCAAAUGGUAACAAAGGUAAUGGUGAGUCCGGAGCUGAAGAUUUGAUUGAUGUUUUACUACGAGUCAUGGAGAGUGGGGAAUUUGGAAUGCCAAUCACAAAUCAAAAUAUCAAAGCAGUUAUUUUUGAAAUGUUCAUGGCAGGAGCUGAAACAUCAUCGACAACAAUUAUUUGGGCGUUUUCAGAAAUGAUAAAAAAUCCAGGUGUUAUGGCGAAAGCACAACUUGAAGUUAGAGAAGCCUUUAAAGGAAAGAAGACAUUUGAAGAUAUCGAUUUAGAGGAGUUGAAGUAUUUGAAAUUAGUGAUAAAAGAAACACUAAGGUUACACCCCGCGGCUCCUCUAUUAAUCCCAAGGGAAUGUAGAGAAGAAACACAAAUUGAUGGAUACAAUAUACCUAUCAAAACUAAAGUUAUAGUGAAUGCGUGGGCAAUUGGAAGAGAUUCUAGAUAUUGGCAUGACGAUCCAGAGAGCUUUAUACCUGAGAGAUUUGAGAAUAGUUCUAUUGAUUUUAGAGGAAAUAACUUUGAGUUUAUUCCGUUUGGUGCAGGAAGAAGAAUGUGUCCGGGAAUGUUAUCCGGUUUAGCUACUGUAGGGCAUUCUUUAGCUAAGUUGUUGUAUCACUUCGAUUGGAAACUUCCUGAUGGAGUUAGUGUUGAUGAUUUUGAUAUGACUGAAGCAGAAGGAGUAGCUGCCAGUAGAAAGAAUGAUCUUUGCUUGAUUGCUACUCCUUUUGAUCUCUCUUAAUGGUUUGUUAGUUGUUACUACAUGUUUAUCUAAUAAUUGCUAGUAUACACUCUUUUGUGUCUCAAUUUAUGUAGCAUCUUUCAAAUUUUAAUAAUCAAACAAGUUUUUUUUGUCUUUUAUA